AUGACUUCGACGGAGAGAACAACUGCUGCACCUAUGGCAGAUUCGUCGCCAUACUACGACCUUGUCUGCGUCGGCUUUGGCGCAGCGCAACUGGCGACGGCGAUCGCCAAUCGAGAAUCCAGCAAACCCUCCAAAAUGCUCUUUGUUGAGCAAAAGACAUCUUUCUCCUGGGGAUCAGAUUCGCACAUGUCGAGAACACGAAUGGAAAGCCCAUUCAUGUACGAUCUGGCAACGCUCCGCAACCCAAGGACUGCUUUCAGCUAUGUCAACUAUCUACUUGCUCGCAAGCGCCUCAUCGAGUUUGCAAACUCGGACCGGCUCAACCCCUUACGAGCGGAAUUUGAGGAUUAUAUGAGGUGGUGCGCUGAGCACUUCAAAGAUCAAGUACGCUAUGGCAGCGAGGUGGUUGGCGUAGCUCCAGAGGUCGAGGCGGAUGCUGUGCAGACCUGGAAAGUGGCCGUCAAGGACAACACCGGCAAGACGUACGUGGUGCGGGCACGAAGUGUUGUAGCACCAUCUCCGUCAAGAGCGAGCAGUCCAGCUGCAGAGCCGUUGCCCACUGUCGACUUUCUGUCUGGGCAGCGAAUAAUCUCCAUGCAAGACUACCCAAGCAGGCGGAACGAAUUGCGAGGAGCCAACGAGCGACCACUGAAUGUCUCUCUGAUUGGAUCGGGCGGAAAGACUGCUGAGAUUCUGGACGAUCUGUUGUCCUGCUCCCGCUUGGGCAACAUUACAGUGGUUACAGAGGACGAGUCGCUGGCGCCAUUGACGGUUCUCGACGACCACAAGCCAUCCCAACCCCAACUUUGCUCCAUCUGGGCGAAGCCAACUAGCACUCAGACAGCUUCUGUCACAGAAGCUCCAGAGCUCGUUCAGAAAAUUUACGACCGCGCGUACGAGAAGCAAGUUCGAUCUAAAGGCGAGUUCAGACUACGCGUCAUUAUUGGGAAGGAUGCCGCUGGUGCAUGCUCACAAUCCGACUUCAUCAUUAGGGAUACGACAGCAAGCCCGCUCUCGAACAGCGCAUUAUUCCAGAGCAUCGACACACUUAUUUUGGGCUGUCGGCCAAAAGGAGAUAGCCUAGAGGAAGUGCAAUUCAAGCGUGGCGCUGUCGCUGAGGGCUGCCGCCUGUGGCUGGUGUCAUCAAAGUCUGAGGGAGGACGUGCGCUAGCCAAGGACAUUGCCUUGAUGGCAGGUGAGAUCGUGCGCAAGGUAUCGACAGGGUCAGAUACUGUACGGAAUGGCGCCGGACUACAAGUCCAGGCUAGAAUAUAG